GCGAGUUGCGCGCACACACGCACCUCCGUCUCCACUCACUGCGGUAGUAACGGGCCAAGCAGGCACCUGGCACCCUCACGCCACUUGUUCCGGCGCGUCUCUCCACUCCGCUCCACCACAGAGGAGGACUUUAUCAAACAGGACAUAUUUAUCCGCUCCGGUUCUCUCGCGGAGGGACAACUUUGAGUUAAUCUCGUCGUGAUUUGCUCAUUUCAUUCUCUCCCAUCUUUGCCCAAGAAGCACGUCUCUUCUCGUUUGUGAGAGGAUGGGACCGCUCCUCCUCUCCAUCGCCCUGUGCGUGAGCGCCGCUGUCCCGCAGCAUGUGAUGGGGCCUUGCCACCCAAACCCUUGCCACAACAGAGGGGCAUGCGAGAUCAGUGAGACCUACAGGGGGGACACCUUCAUUGGAUAUGUCUGCAGUUGUCCUCCUGGCUUCAGUGGGGUUCACUGCCAACACAAUAUUAAUGAAUGUGAAAGAGAACCAUGCAAGAACGGGGGCCUUUGCACCGACCUCGUUGCAAACUACUCCUGCGAAUGCCCCGGGGAGUACAUGGGGCGGAACUGUCAACAUAAAUGCUCUGGACCACUGGGCAUGGAAGGCGGCAUAAUCUCCAACCAGCAGAUAACAGCAUCCUCCACCCACCGGGCUUUAUUUGGCUUGCAGAAGUGGUACCCGUACUUUGCGCGCCUCAACAAGAAAGGUCUGGUCAACGCAUGGACUGCAGCUGAAAAUGACAGAUGGCCGUGGAUUCAGAUAAACCUGCAGAGGCGAAUGAGGGUCACGGGCCUAAUUACCCAGGGUGCAAAGCGAAUUGGAAGCUCAGAGUAUGUCAAGUCAUACAAAGUGGCGUACAGCGAGGACGGGAAGACAUGGAGAACAUACAAAGUCAAGGGCAAAGAUGAAGACAUGAUUUUUCGAGGAAAUGUUGACAACAACGCUCCAUCGGCCAACUCCUUCACCCCACCCAUUGAAGCCCAGUUUGUGCGCAUUUAUCCCCAAGUCUGCAGAAGGCACUGUACCUUGCGCAUGGAACUGCUUGGAUGCGAGGUAACAGGUUGCUCAGAACCAUUGGGGAUGAAGUCCGGUCACGUCCAGGACUACCAGAUCACAGCCUCCUCCAUCUUCAGGACGCUCAACAUGGAUAUGUUCACUUGGGAGCCUGGAAAAGCCCGUUUGGACAAGCAGGGCAAAGUGAAUGCUUGGACUGCAGGACGUAGUGACCAGUCACAGUGGCUGCAGGUGGACUUGCUGGUGCCGACCAAGAUCACGGGUAUCAUCACCCAGGGAGCGAAAGACUUUGGCCAUGUGCAGUUUGUCGGCUCGUACAAAUUGGCAUACAGUAAUGACGGAGAGCGGUGGAAAGUAUACCAAGAUGAGAAGCAAGGGAAGGACAAGGUCUUUCAGGGGAACUUUGACAAUGAGACCCACAGAAAGAACGUGAUCGAUCCACCCGUCUACGCUCGGCUCAUCCGGAUCCUUCCGUGGUCGUGGUACGGAAGGAUCACUUUGCGCGCAGAGGUACUCGGCUGCACUGUGGAAGAGUGACGUCCUUCCCUGCUUGGUUUCAACAUCUUUCCCGUCUUAGCGGUAUACUGGCGUAUGUCACCCAGCGGUGGAAAAACAAACUGUGCAACCUGUAAAAAAAAAAAAGAAAAAAAAAGAAAAAUAAUGAUUUCCAGUAGUUUGUUUUUAUUUCAGGAAUUUUGUGAAAAGUCACCAUUUUUUGAUCUAUCAUUUGUACAAUAAUUUAAUGCUCUGUUAGUUUCUUAUUAUGUCACUUGAGCUUUCUUUACAGCGUGAUCCUUGCCUUUUUAUUGUUCUUGAGAACUGUAAUAUACAUUUGUGGGUUCAGGGUUGGGGGUGGGCUGGGCUGUGUGGGGCUGGGGGGGUCUCACUGUGGAUUUGCCAUACAAACUAUUGUACAGAGUCACUUUUUAAAACAAAGUACGCGUCGGCCAUGUUGCGUUCGCACCCUCGCACACGCAGACAACCACAUGUGCACACACAAACACACGUACACACACACAAAAACGCAUCGAAUUGUCAAUUUUUUUUUUUACUUUAACUUUGCCAGGCCAUGCUUUCACCUUAAUGGGCACUUGCGUUACUGCAUCAAACAAAACGUAUUUAAUGCUCUUGUAUUCUAUGUAAAAGACGAUGAAAUUGCAUGGUGCGUGAAGGAAAAGAACGCUUAAUACGACAAAUCAGUCAAAACCUCCAGCCGUGAAGGUAAUGGCUUCAAUUUAGGGAACUGUUUUCCCAUAAGCUUUCAAAUUGUUCUGAAACGGGGGAGCUUUGUGAAGUCGGCAAAUGCUCUUGGCGAUUCAUUCAGUUGUGUUGCCGCGCUGACGCGGAAGUUGACGUGCUCGUUUGUAUUCAUUUUUGCUCAUUACUAUUAUGUCAUAGAUUUGUGUCGAGUGUUUGUGCGUUUUUGUAUUUAUUCCAAAUUUGUUUUUCCUCCACAUUUUAUAAAUCUGUGUUCAGUGUUGUCUAUGGUAAACUGAAUUUAUUAAAAAGCUCAGGAUAUACCGUAUGCCCCAUCAAGCCCACAACUGCAUACACUAUCUGUGAUUUCUUAUUUAACCACAAUGGUUAGUAUGUUAGCGUAAGUCAAUAAGUGAACCGUUUACUUUGAUUAUGUUUAAAUCGACAAAUCGUCUCUUGUUUUUGGAAUUGGAGCCCCUUGAUGAAUCACGCAGUGACGUAAGCAAUGUUUGUCACGCACUUGCAAUAACCACGGUAA